UAAUAAUAAUAAUAAUAAUAAUGAUAUGGUUGACCUCAUUUCACGAUGUUUACAAAAAUGUGGUGAAGAAGAUGGUUAUAUGCCUCUCUUUAAAGUCAUCUUUACAUCCCUUGAGGAUAUUAGCGAAAAUAGAUAUACUAGACUAUUGGAUGGACGGGCACGUGAUAUACUUUUGACGGGUGUAAUUACACGUAUUGUUACGCAUGUUUCAAAGCAUGUAGGAUUGGUUUUUAUCUGUGACGAUGUUCAAUGGGCUGAUUCGGCUUCAAUACGCAUAUUACAACACAUUCAUGAGUGCUGUCAAAAGGUCAUGAUCUUGAUGGUAACAAGGCCAAUCAAGGAUUACAAUGUCACAUUUAUUGAGCAAUUUAGAAUGGCUGGAUCCUAUGUUGAGAUACCCUUGAACGGUUUAGGGGAAGAUGAAAUUGGUGAAAUUAUAUUACAAAAUUUUGGAAGUGGUGUGAAUAGGAUUAGUCCAGAAAUAGUUAAAGUUAUACAGAAACGUACAGGAGGGAAUCCUUUAUAUGUCAAAAAUGUGGCGAUUGUAUUAAAGGAUUUUAAUCAUGUUACUGUGGUUGACGGUGAACUUGUUCCAAGUAGUAAUAGUUUUGAUUUAGAAGAUGUGCUUGGUAAUUUUGAUUAUAAACGUAUCAUUAAAAUGCAAUUUGACAGACUUGAUCCCAAUUACCAAGAAUUUCUUACUAUUGCCUGCUGUUUGGAUCAAUAUUUUUCAUUAUUUGAAGUAAAAGCAGUUAUUAAACCGAAUAAUAGGAUUUUUUUAUCUCAGGAUAUAGAUCAAAUACAACAACUCAUCACUCAUUUAGAUCUUUAUCAUUUCCUUCAACAAGCAGACGAUAAUUUGUAUAUCUUUACUCAUAUUACCAUCCCUCAAAGUAUCUAUGAUAUGAUCUCGUACGAAACACGUAUCUCACAACACUAUGCUUUAGCCCGUUACUAUGAAACAAACCAACAAUCCACAUACGAAUCAUUAAGGAAAAUUACGCGUCACUAUCUCGAGACAGAUGCAGUCGAUAAACAAUUGUAUUAUUUAGAGAAACUAGCUGAUCAAAAUAUGCAAGCUUAUCUGUUACCUGAGGCUACGCUUAACUUGCAACGUAUUGUGAAAAUUUUAGAUGAUUACCCCGAGAGAUUAGAACAAUUUGGAACAAUCCGAUUAAGCGAUAUUUAUAGAAAGUUGGGUAUGUGCUAUACGAUGAGGACUAAAUUAAUAGAAGGUGAACGUUAUUUGUUUCGAGCGCUUAAGGUUCUAGGUGAGCCUUGGCCACAAACGGAUACUUUAUUUUGGUUACAAUUUUGGAAGCAUCGAUUCCGUCAGUAUCGACAUCGUCGCCAUCUUUUUUUCACAUGUCGUUGUCGUCGCAAUCGUCAUCAUCAUUCUCAUCAUUCUCAUCGUUAUAGACGCUCUGCUGAAAAUGGGAAACGUGUUGCAGAGAUCAUGGCCCAACUCUCGAAUAUUUAUUUUUAUACAGGGAAUGAACGCGACUUUAUUUAUGCAUGUUUGGUAGGUCUUAAUGAAUGUGAGCGAUUGGAACAGAAGACGAGUCUCAACUACACACUCUUUCUAGCACGAAAUGCUCUUUUGUGUUGGCUGAAUGAUGACAAGACGAAUAGUAUCUUUUAUAUUGCAAAGGCCUUGAAACAAAAGAUGGCAGAUCCAGAUACAUUAACCAUUUGUUCCUUAUUGUGUUUUGCUGCUGGCAAGUUUUCAAAUGCUCGUGAUCUGUUGUAUCAAUCUGUAGAGGGGUCGAUGACAUUAGGAGUUGUGACAGAAUUUCAAUUGUUUUAUAGAGCGGUAGGGUUAUUAAUAACGAUGAGGAUCUUUGAAGGCACCUUUGGAAGGUCCGAGGUGGAGAUGGAACUGAUGAAACAGAUGGCGCAUACAGCGCAUGCAAAUGGGGAUUUUGAAGCUGAAGUUUGGUUAGGAGUCUAUCAUAUUGGGAAUGCUAUUGUAGUCGAUAGGAUGGCUAAUUGUGCACCUUAUGUAGCUUUACUAGAGGCGCAUAUCAAGGAAGCAGCUGAUUAUAAUCGAAUUGCCAUUCAUGGCACUCUUGUAUGUUAUUAUGCAAGAAAUCAUAUGGUGGAUAUGGCUAAACGACAUUUACAAAAAUUAAUCCAUCAUUUACCAGGUUUAACGAUGACACCCAAUAUUUUUCCUAUUUAUGGUCUCAUUUUUGCAACCAUGGGACUUUAUUGUAUGGUUGAAGAUGGACAAAUUGAUCAAAGUGAUAAUCAAUAUGAAAAAUAUAUCUUUGAUUUAUCACGUCUUAAUCAUGCAUUUCAACAAGUGAAGUUUUGGGAAUUUACACAACCUUGUUUAUAUCUUGCACGAGCGUUACCUUAUAUUAUGACACGAAGGAUUGUAGAGGGAUACAUGGUACUUCGACAUGGUGUCUUUGAGAUGCAAUUCAUACAUGAGAUUCGAUUUUUGAAAGCUUAUUAUUGGGCCAAUUUAGGCAAAUUUGCUUUUACACCCGAGGAUCGAGUUGAAUGGACAGGGAGGGCUAAAAAAGAUUUUGAAUCGUUAGAGAUCCCAGCAGAUACCUAUUGUAAUCCAGAUCCAGAUCAUGUUUAUUAUCAUGGAUAUCAAGCGGAUCUUUGUAAAGAGGAUGAGGGAAUUACGAGACGAAGCGGGUCACUAGCACAAGCUACAUACAGCAACAGUCACCCAUAAUAUAAAUAUGUAUAAAUGAGUAUAUGUAUAUAUUUAUUGAUUUAAAAUAAAAUAAAAUAAAAUA